GACUCGGUCCUCCGUGCGCGCCCGCCCAACCUCCGUCACCAGCCGUCAGCCGGUCGCAACUGAAAUUCGCACUUUCUUUGUCACAUACACGCACACACGCCACGCCCACCGACAUCAAUCAAAAGACAUCAACAUUCCACACGUCUCGAAAAUCUUUCUUUGUGACGGAACGGAGAGACACGCAAAGAAUUCUUGCAUCGCUUACUUUAGCAGAAGCUUUUUGCUCUGUCCGAAAUUGGAUAGCCAGCUGCUGCGUCUGCUGCGUUUGCUGCUGAUACGCGCCCACAUCUGAGAGGUGCAUGACGAUUAUUUUUCCGACGAGAGCUUUUUCGCGCCGUGAAAUCUUCUCUGAUCAUCUGGGCUGAGCAAAGCACAGCAAGCAAACAGCCAACGAACGGCUUUGGCCACACCAACCCCCGGGUCUCUCGUAUUUUGCAAAUUGCCAUGCUUCUUUUGCUCCCCCAGACCACAGACUCGACUUACCUUACUCAGAUCUCUAUUGCCUUCUUUUGUUACUCUAGCAGGCAACCAUAGACGGACGCAUUUUUGGAGACCUAGCAUCCAGCAAAACCACACAGCGUGUUCAAUCCCUUGCCCCCGGCCGCGCUUCCUCCUUCCUGAAGCGCCGCCCUCCUUAGCCUUCCCGUUGGCAGUUACCUUCCAUCGCGCAGUCACGGUGGCAGUUGCCCUCAAUGAACAAUUACUACCCAUACGGGUACUCGCCCUACCCGGGUCAGGCGCCUGCGCAACAACAGCAAGAACCCUACUUCCCAAUCAUGCCGCCUUUUCCUCCCCAAGUGGCGUCCUACCCUCCGCACACAAACACCUUUGAAGCUCGUCCCCAGCCACCGGAUUCAUACGACCAAAACCAGACGAUGAUCCCUGGCCUCGGAUACAAUCAUCUUCAAGGCUUUGGUUGGUCCCAGCCGCAACAGCAACAGCAACAGCAACAGCAGCAGCCAGCGGCAGCUCAGGUCCCCUUCCAGCAAUCGUGGCAGCCUCCGCGCGAGGGACCUAACCUCAUUUCAGCAGCGCAAUACUAUCAGCCGAAUAAUGCGCCCAAAUCUCAGGCACCCAUGGGUUCGGAAACACUCCCUCCCACUGUGCCUAGGGGCCCCGCUAAGCCGACGACCGACGACGCCGAGGAGGGCGAGCUGAGUGAUGGCGAACUUGAGGAUGUCUACGAACCGCAAGAGACCGUUCGCUCCGGUAGAGACACCCGGGCAACUACGAAUGCGACCGCGCAGAAUGGCAACAGCUCUGUCGGACGCGCAGCCACCAGCUGGUACGGCGAUCUUAGGGACGGUGGGAUGAAGGUUCCCGCGCCUGCGGAUAUUGAUGAACGAGAGCGGACCCGAUCCUACUCCCCCCACCUGUCUCCUAACGAAGUCCAUUCGCGCACGGCUGCAAACGACCAACACAACGACUCCCCUCGAACACAGGCGUUCGGUAGCAAGGCUACCCAGUCUUCCACGGCCCUGGCCGGUCAGCAGUCGGGCAAGAAAGCUUUGGAGGACGCUCGGCAGAGAGCCCAGUCGGCAGUUCUCAGCCUAUGGCCCCUUGGUGUCCGCCACCAGGAUUAUGUUGACGAGGGUAUCGACAAAAAUGUUGUCAAAGAACUCUUCAACGAGCUGAAACUGGAUUCCGGCACUUCCAGCCAGUUCGCCAUUCCAGGUCUUUCGGUCACCGCGCAGUUACCAGGACUUUCCCAGUCCUACAGCCAGUCCAGCUCUCAGCCUAACAGUGCAUCUACCUUGACGGCAACAUUGAAACCUACGAACAAAGCGGCACCCACAGUGGCCAAAUCAGCUGGAGAGGAGAGAAAGGAUCGGAUCGCUCGUUUGUUGGCAGCAAAGAAUGCGAAGCCCGCACCUUCGGCUCUCAACAACGGGGCACCGGCUGCGGGCGCGAGCGACAAGGUGCUUAUCCAACAACAGAAGCAGGAUGCCCUCCAGAAAUCUCGCGAAGCCAGGGCCCAGAAGGCGGCCGAGCGCAAGGGAUCUUUGCAGGCUUCUCAGUCAAAAGAAACGUCCCCAGCAUCGUCGAUUCGAGGUCCACCCUCGACAACCAAUAUCACAUUGGCCACCCCGUCCACAGCCCAACAAGCUCAGGUUGCUUCCUCUCAGCAAUCGGCUUCCCAAGUUGCUCCCGUAUCGACUAUCCCUGGUCUUUUCAUGUCUACUCCUCAAUCUGCUCCUAUCAACAACCAACGGAAACGACCAGUUGCCGCUGACUUUGUAUCCAACUCAAACGUCAACAAGCGGCCCUUCGGCCCCACACGACCAGACGAGCCCUUUGUCAUUGAUGUCAGCGACGUUUCUGACGAUGAAGAUGUUGAAAUGGAGAUAGGAUCUCCGACCGACGAGCCAGCGAGCAUUCAGCGUACCGACACACCGUCUCGGAAGACGGCGUCUUUUCGUGACUUCCCUCCGCUAAGAGAGGGUAUUCCCCAGCGCCAACUCUCUAGCCCAGCCCCUAGCAAUGUCGCUACGCCUCAGUCUGGUAUCCUGGGCGCUCAACCGAAGCAGGCGCAUCUUGAAGUCAUGGACAAACAGAUCGAGGCGAUGAAGCGAAAGAUUGCUUUGGCCGAAGCUCGCGCCAAAUUGAAGGCUGUUAUGAACAACCAGGCAGGUGGUCAGAAGUCUAAUGGACAGACGCCAGAUGUCGCUGUUGAUUCAGACAGUGGCAAGCCGGCUAUUCGACGAGUUCAGUCCAUGGAUGCGUCCAGUGCAUCUGACCAGCUUAAUGGCCAGGCGUCCCCUGUAAUCGCCGAGCCCAGCAGUUCCAUGCGUCUGCCCAAGCUGUCAGUCAAGCGCGUCGAGGGUGACUCGACCCGCGCUCAAAAGCUCCGCGUGGUCAGCACCAACCUGCCUCUCAUCGAGAAUCGACUACAGGCGAAGAAGAGCAAGCUUCGUCUCCUCCAGUCACAGAUGUCCCGUCUGGAGAAGGAGAUUGAAGAGGAGAUCGCGGAGAAACAGAAGCUGUCAGAGGAGAUGGAACAGCUCAACCAGGACUCGGACGAGUCAGAGGAGCCUCAAAACCAGCUCAAGAGCAAUUCUGUGGAUCCAGUUGUCACUCAGACGUCGACAGGGUCCCAGUCCAACGUGCAAAGCCCGUCGGUUGUUGCCACCGCCCCUACAGAUCAGAGUGCCGGCAUGAUAACCUCAGCCUCUGCUGACGCCGCCGCCGCCGCUCGCCCCUUCCGGUCCCCGUCGACAGAUCAUGGCGAGAAAGUCCCCACUCCUACACGACAAGUCGCGGUCACUGGUAAAGCCGCAACAAGCCCCCUUGAAGCCCCCACUUCCACAGACAACCAAGUAACUACUGCUGCUGUUGCUGAGGUUCCUGUCGGCCACGUCAUCGCGGGUGACGACGAAGAGUCGCAGCCUGCUACGAGUGACGAUGCCUCUGAUGUUGUCAUGGGCGAGUCCGAUAGUUCGAGCUCUCUCGAGCAAGACCGAGAGUCGUCCUCGGACGCCUACGAACCCCCUGAGAACGUAGCUCCCUCAGCCGCGACAAAGUCCCCAUCCAUCGGACUGGCAGUGGCAGACAGCACCGUCUCGCUGGCCAACAGUGACACUGACUUGCAGCAACCAAGUUCUAGAGCCUCGCCGGUUCCCCAGCAGAUCUCUGUGGGGGUCAAUGAGUCGACUCCCGAACAGGGAGUUGAUGCUGUGAGAGAAGCCCCUCCCGUUGCACAAAGCACGAUUGAGUCCUCGUCUGGCGACGGCUUCACCCCUUACGAAAGUCCGCUCCAGUAUUUCCGUGCUUACCGAUAUCAUCCCAAAUUUGCUGAAACCGUCCCUGGCGGGCUGCGGUCCCUCACCUAUAGCAACAGGAUCGAUCCGAACCUCCCCAUCUGCCCGGAUGAACUGGCCGGGCGCGACUGUCCUAGGGGUGCUGACUGCAUUUACCAGCAUUUUGAGUCGAUGAAGCUGCCGGACGACCAAAUCCUCCUCCAGCUGGGCGGCACUACACUCGAAGGGCCCGAAAGGGCACAGUUUAACGAUGGAUUGCGGAAGCUGCUUCAAGAAAUGAGGUCGCAGAACAUCAAGGACUUUUCUAGCAUUGCACAAGGCAUUGUCGACUACCGCAAUCGCUUCACUAGCGAUCCGUCAAAGAUGCUGCCUCUUGGCAACGCUUCGAACUAGGUGACGGAAGAGAUUACUGGCCUGGCAUGGCUCGUAUAUCUCAUGAUCCGUAAUACCCCCCCGAAAAGCACCUGUCUGAGUACUGAGCUCGUUUCUUUUUCCUUUGGCGUCAGGCAAUCGUGUUCAUUUACUUGGUCUUUACAUACCACGCACGCCCUCAAGCAAAGGCUUCGGAGCCAGCUAAGGGCCUCCUUGGGUGGCGUUCGCACGAUACCCUCUCCUUGUGUUACUUCUACAAGUGAUCCAGCCUGACAAGAUCAGGAAUGAGGCACAGGUAUAAUGGAAAACGGCAAGUAGGCAAAAGAAUAAUGAAGUGGAGUGGAGAAGAGGUCACACUCUUCACCUGUUGAGAUUACUGAGGAAUGGCAAAGCUUUGAGUGCUUGCUGUUACCUCGAAAGAGUAGCCCAUUCGGCCCCGUCUGGGUCGUCCGUAAACAAAUCAA